AUGAGUACCAUCACGCGCAUGUCCCCACUGGACCUACUGGACCUGAAUCUGACGAAUCUGGACCCUCUGACCGAGAAUUAUGACCUCGGCUUCUAUCUUAACUAUCUGACCAAAUGGCCGUCACUCUUCAGCACAGUGAAGGACCGCGAUGCGGGCGUCGUGGGCUACAUCAUGGGCAAGCUUGAAGAACAACACCCCUCCAUGAAGCGCUCCGAACACUACACCCCAUGGCACGGCCAUAUCACCGUCCUGACCGUUGCGCCUGCCUGGCGCCGACUCGGACACGCCAGUCGAUUGACCGAGCAGCUGGAGCAAGGAUCCGAUAUCAAUAAUGCUUGGUUCGUGGAUCUAUAUGUCCGUGCAGGGAACAAGGUAGCGGUGGACAUGUAUAAGGGCAUGGGAUACUCGGUCUUCAGGCGGGUCGUGAGUUACUAUAGUGACGAUCCAUCGGGGAUGUCAGAAAAUGGCGAAGAUGCAUUCGAUAUGCGGAAACCCUGUAGUCGGGACAAAAAGUUGGAACAUGUGCGCGACAAGGGUGAAGAUUUCCUCGUGCACCCCGAGGACGUCUCAUGA